UAUGCUCUUAUCAUCGUCUUUAUAGAUGAGAUGGUCUGGGUCUGGCAUUAUGAUCGACAGGGGACUAUUCAGUGCUCCGGUAUCAACUUCAUCCAAGACCUCCCACGAUUCAUGGUGUUGUUAUAUGCGUUCCAACGAUUCAGCCUUGUCCAUUGGGGUCGAAACAUGGACUUCAAGCACGAUGAGAAGAAUGAUUCUCACAAACUCAUAAUUGAUGGCGUAGAUCUCGAGCUUCAUACGAGUCACAAAGACAGGGUGGCGCACUACGGACUCAAGGGACGCGCCACUAAUGUGUUUCCUGUCACUAGCGCAAAACUCUCCAAGGACAACCCAGAGAUCGCGAAAUAUGGCAUGGUGGCCAAAGUCUUUUGGGCGGAGGAGCAACGCACUAGCGAGCCAGACAUUUUAAAGAAGGUCUACGAGAUUGCGGAAGAGCAAGAUGCCGUGAAGGGCCAUGUUCCUCACCUACUAUGGCACCACAAAUUCAAGGAUCCUACGUUCAAAAUCAGAGAAGCGCUCGGUGUUUCAGAACCGGCGAAGGGUAGUCGUGUGCUCUACAUCCUUGUAUUCCGCAAGCUCAAGCCCAUUACGGAGCUCAAAGGCACAGAGUUCUUCGACGCGUGGCGGCAAUGCAUCAUGUGUAUGUGGCUCAUUGUAUCUGCCUCUCUCCAUUGCCCUGGCAACAUGAUGUGGUACCGGAACGGAACUGUCUUGAUGGGCGUCUUAAACGAUUACGAUCUAUCCUCGUUGGCGACUGCGCUAGGUCCUCAGGGCAACGAGCGCACGGGGACAAUACCGUUCAUGGCACUUGAUCUUCUCAGCAAAAAGGGUCAACGAGGCGAAGUCAAACAUUUGUACCGCCAUGAUCUCGAGUCAUUCAUGUGGGUUCUCGUCUGGGUCUCCUUGCGUUACAAGGAUGGGCAACUAUUAUUAAGGAAAUCUCGCCCUUUCGAGGAAUGGGCAACCGUAGAUGCCGAGACAUGUGGUGAGAAGAAGUCAUUCUUUCAGACAAACUUUUUGCAGUACGAAUCCUUCACCGCGGACCAACGUAUGUGGGAGUUGGUGAUGGAUUGUUUACAGUUGCUUAAAGCAGACGCCUAUCGUCGAGAAACCCUUGGAUACAAGAUGCGACGGCAGGCAGGAGUCGGUGGGCUGAUCAUGGCGGAGAAAUUUGAAUUAGAUGACCUCGAAUUUCUCGACUUAUUUACGCGUACAGACGCCUGGGUUCAGCUCAGCAACAGCAUACAGUGA